AAUAAAGUGGCAAGGCUGGUUUUCUAAUUAAUUUUGCGCAAUUCUGCGUACUCAACAAUUUCAUCAAACCGAGUUUAAAAGAUUAUUCGAAAGCCGCAUAUAAUAUUCAAUCAAUUAAAUAUUACACUUUUCUUUGUUACAAGAUGUCCGAACCGUUUAACUGUCAUCUAGAAAAUAUUGCCAAAGAACUAGCGAGUCCCAAGUUAUGGUAUGAAACUCAAGAUUUUAAAAGCGUCAAAGAUUAUGUGGUAAACAAUUUGUGUAUGUGUAGUAAGUCAUUUGAUGACCUUUUCAGCAGAACCAUACCUUUCGGCAUCCCCGCUCAUCACACUCGCCUUCACAAUUCUGACGAUCGGUACGAUGUGAUGCUUGAGCUGAGUUUACCGUCGUAUCGAAAAAUCUCUUCAUUUGUAAAUAAUGACAACUAUGUGUGCUUGGACGUAUCAGAUGUACCCUACGAUUUGCCAAUGGCAGAUGAAAAGGGCUUAGUUAAUCGCCAUUUGCUGAAAAAUUGGCUGGAUGACAUAUUUCUCAAAACAUUUGCCAGAUAUAAGAAUAGAUUCAGAGGAAUUAAGGGGGGUUAUUACAAAUUGACUUAUGUGUUGCACGACAUAUCGCACGUUGUUUUCGCACAGUCGAAAUCGCGGGUUUCCAAAAUUGUUUUUGUGCCCUCAAUAUUGCUUGUACACGAAGGUUUUAGUUAUUCCGCAUUAACCAAGUUGACAUACAGCAUGGCUAAAUACUCGUUCCUGCCCUGCACUCCAGACGUAGAGACCAGCAGGUGCCAGGUGAAUGUCGUGAGGAAUGCGCUGAUUAUCCUGCAGGCUUUAUGCGAAGCGAAGGGCCUGACCGAAAUACGCUAUUAUCAUUUAAUGAAUUUGGCACUGAAUCUUCACGAAUACGCAAUAUCAACUACUUUGGACGAUGCAUUUUUAUUGUUGCUUUAUGGACUGUGCGAUGCAGUUAAAAGGCAACAUCUUUCCCAUUAUAUUGUCAGGAAAUUGAAUCUUCUAAGCAACAUAAGAUGCGAAAAACUGUCGGAAUAUGCGAUUAUACUUGACCGAGCUUACAGCACUCUCAGUUCGUAUGAAGAUCAAGGAAUGCUGUCGUAUAAACGUUGCGAAAGUCACUUUUUAAUAUCUUAAUAACAUUUGUUUAUAUAAGUCGUACGCUCUGUAUGUAAGCUGGUUCAUUACAUACUAUUGAGGGUAAUGUUUAUAAAAGAAACAUUUAUUCAAUUAACUUUGGUUAACAAUUACAAAACCUCACUAAGAUGAGUUAUUUGAUCGAUAGGCUUUAAUAACUCCACAUCUUUGGGUAUUGGAAUCGCCUGACCUUGUUUUUUAUCUUGAAGCUGGAAAAGCAAUUGCACCAGAACUAUUACGUAAUUAGCCAUGGCGUUAAGAACCUGAAAAAUAAAAUUCUCUUUCGUUAUAUGUAUUUCACUUUUAAAUGCAAAUAUACACAUGAAUGUGCUUGAAAUAA